GGGUCCAUGGUGAUGCUUCUCAAUGCAAUAACCACAAAAAUCCAAUACUCACCAAACACUUCGACAAAGAAAAAGCUAGUAUUCUACUUGCAACCUUCAUGGAGAAGAACAAAACAGAUGCAAAUUGCGAUGAAAUUAACGAUGAAAUGAAAUGGGUUCUUGAUUCUUCUUUAGAUCACAAAGGAAGAGUUCCGCUGAGAGCUUCAACUGGUUCGUGGAGAUCUUCUCUUUUCAUUAUCGCAAUUGAAUUUAGUGAGAGAUUGAGCUACUUCGGAAUAGCAACUAGUUUGGUUCUUUACCUUACAAAAGUUAUUCAUCAAGACCUUAAGACAGCAGUUAAGAAUGUGAACUACUGGUCUGGUGUUACCACCUUGAUGCCAUUGUUAGGAGGAUUCCUAGCUGAUGCUUACUUGGGCCGUUACUGCACUGUGAUAGCAUCAUGCAUUGUUUAUCUCAUGGGUUUGGUUCUGCUUUCUCUGUCAUGGUUCUUACCAGGGUUGAAGCCAUGUGAUCAUGGUGCUACAUGCAUCGAACCUAGGAGGAUUCACGAAGUGGCUUUCUUCCUAGGGAUCUAUCUGAUAUCCAUAGGUACAGGGGGGCAUAAACCUUCCUUGGAAAGCUUUGGUGCUGAUCAAUUUGAUGAUAACAAUGCUAAAGAAAGAAGGCAAAAAAUGUCCUUUUUCAACUGGUGGAACAGUGGGUUGUGCAGUGGAAUCAUUCUGGGAGUGACUGUGAUUGUGUAUGCACAAGAACGUAUCAAUUGGGGGGCUGCUUAUAUCAUCCUCACAGUUGUCAUGGCUAUCUCUUUGCUCAUUUUCUUGAUAGGAAGGCCUUAUUAUCGUUAUACGACACCAACUGGGAGCCCCUUGACUCCCAUGUUGCAGGUUCUUGUUGCUGCUAUUUCCAAAAGAAAGCUUCCAUAUCCUUCCAGUUCAACUCAAUUGUAUGAACUUUCCAAGGCUGAAAGCAAUGGUGAAAGAUUUCUUGUUCACACCAAGAAACUCAAAUUUCUUGACAAGGCAGCAAUCACUGAAAAUGAAGGGAACUUAGAAGAGAAACAGAGUCCGUGGAGACUUGCAACAGUGACUAAGGUCGAAGAACUGAAGCUUAUCAUCAACAUGAUCCCCAUUUGGGUGUUCACUUUACCAUUUGGAAUCUGUGCUGCACAAACCUCCACUUUCUUCAUCAAGCAAGGUGCCAUCAUGAACAGAAAAUUAGGCAAUGGGUUUGAGGUCCCUCCAGCUUCAAUUUUCACUCUUGCUGCUCUUGGGAUGAUAUCUGCAGUGAUUCUGUAUGACAAUGUCCUUGUGCCAACCCUAAGAAAGCUAACAGGAAAUGAAAGAGGAAUCAACAUCCUCCAAAGGAUUGGUAUUGGAAUGGUUUUCUCAGUUCUCUCAAUGAUAGUAGCAGCUUUGGUAGAAAGAAAGAGGCUUGAUGCUGUUGAGAUGAAUGGACCAAUAAAGGGUUCUUUAUCAAUGAGUGUCUUUUGGUUGGGCCCACAAUUUAUAAUCAUUGGAGUUGGUGAUGGGUUUGCUCUUGUGGGCUUGCAAGAGUAUUUCUAUGACCAAGUGCCAGACUCAAUGAGAAGCUUGGGAAUAGCACUCUACCUUAGUGUGAUUGGGGCUGCAAGUUUUCUAAGCAGUGUGUUGAUAACGAUUGUUGAUCAUGUGACAAGUAAGAGUGGGAAGAGUUGGUUUGGUAAGGAUUUGAAUUCUAGCCGCUUGGACAAAUUCUUUUGGCUUCUGGCAUUGAUCACCACAUUGAACUUGUUCAUGUUUGUGUUCUUUGCUCGCAAGUAUAACUACAAGAAUGUACAGAAGUUGGCCGUGGCUGAUUGUUAUGAAGACAAAAGUGAUGAUGGUAAAGCAGAUGUUAGAGUCUGAACUCGUGAAAAUUAAUUCUAUUCAGCACAAGUCACCACCAAGGUUUCUUCAACCGAUGAACAAAAUAUACUUAUUAUUUCUACUGUUAGAAUCCUUAAAUUUCAUCUUAAGCUUCAACUAGCUUAUGAUCCUAGCCCAAGAGUUUUAGUUUUUGUUUUAGUUGUUUAUGGUAUCAUGUAAUAUGACAUAAGAUUAUGUGUGUAAUUUCCAUUUCAAAAAGUUGUCAUUCACGUUUCACAUAUUA